AUGUCGGCGUUGAACCCAGACCCCCAGCCCGGCGCCCCGGCCUUCAUCCCCCUCGAAGCCAACCCCGAGCUCAUGACCAAGCUGAUCCACAAGCUCGGCGUGUCGCCCGCCCUCGCCCUCCACGACGUCUACUCCCUCACCGAUCCGGACAUGCUCUCCUUCAUCCCGCGCCCCGCCCUCGCCCUGCUCCUCGUUUUCCCCGUCAGCGCCGUCUACGAGAGCCACCGCUUGGCCGAGGACAACACCCUCGACGACUACCGCGGCUCCGGCGGCCAGGAGCCCGUGCUAUGGUGGAAGCAGACCAUCCGGAACGCGUGCGGAAUGAUGGGCUUGCUGCACGCGGUUUCGAACGGGCCGGCCAGGAAUCUGAUUGAGCAGGGCUCGACGCUGGACCGCCUGGUCGGCAAGUCGAUGACGCUGCCGCCGCGAGAACGAGCUCGCCUCCUGGAGGAGACGCCCGAGAUUGCGGCAGCCCACAGGGAGGCCGCGUCCGAGGGCGACACGGCCGCGCCGGACGCGCAGGACGACGUGGACCUGCACUUUGUGUGCUUUGUCAAGGGCGGCGACGGAGCUCUGUGGGAGCUGGACGGGCGGCGCAAGGGGCCUCUCCGGCGCGGGGAGCUGCAGGAAAGCGAGGACAUGCUGAGCGAGAGGGCGCUGAGCCUCGGCGUCUUGAGGUUCCUGGAGAGAGAAGGCGGCGACUUGAGGUUCAGUGCUGUGGCGUUGGCCGGGUCGCUGGAUUGA